CGACGGUAUUAUGAGCGAAGCGAAAAUCGCAACUGCUGCAACUUCCUACUACCACCAAUACCGUGGGGUUGGAACUCGCCAUGAGGGGGGUGAUUGGCAAGCGCGAGCUGGUCGAGCUCGGAUUAUCACCAGAUUUAUGGGCAGGAGGAGCGAAACGAAAGCGGACCACACGGCCCACUCCCAAAACGAAAGAGCGAGAAUGCGCGAGCUGCUCCGAAAUCCUCUCCAAGGACACAUUCCCGCGGCUUGCCGCUUGCACGCAUGAACCGGACACCUGCAAGCAAUGCCUGGAGAUGUGGGUGGAAACCCAACUCAAUAUCGCAAAUUGGGAUCGGAUCGCCUGCCCCUCGGAGGGGUGCUCUCAGCUGCUAUCCCACGACAGCUUGAAGGACCAAGUGGCAGAGGAGCUAUACAACCGUUUCGACGAGCUCUCCGCGCGAAGCGCACUCCGCGAUAUUCCCAACUUCCGGUUUUGUCUGGCCUCGGGAUGCACGUCCGGUCAGAUCCACGACAGCGGCAUUGAGGGCAACAUCUUCCGCUGCGCUGCGUGCGGGUUUCGUGUAUGCACCAUCCACGACAUAGCUUUCCACGAAGGUGAAACUUGCGAGCAGUACGACGAGCGGAGGAGACAGGAAGCAGAGCGAAGGCAGCAGCUUAAAGAUGAGGAUAAGGCGAGCGUCAACACUGUUGAGCGCGUCUCGAAGCGGUGCCCUCGCUGCGAAACGAAGAUCCAGAAGAAUGGCGAUUGCGACCACAUGACCUGCUCCCGUUGUCGACAUGAAUUCUACUGGCGUUGCUUCGCACCGCAUCGCGGACCUCAGGGCAUCUUCACCAUCGGAAAUAGCGCACAUACGAGCAGUUGCCGUCAUCAUACGCGGAACUUGCCGCAGUGAAGCUGGCGAGUUGCGGUGAAGAUGUUUGCUCAACCUGAAGCCCUUGGGCAGAUAGUUUGUGCUUGCAAUGCGAAACUUGCCAGGGAAAUGCGAGUGUGCAUAGACGUUUUACCUGUCAACUGACGUCCGGUUAUAUAUUUCUGCGGCUUAGGUCCUUGCCUCCUAAUAGCCCGCUGCUGCAAGGUUCGCUGGAUCUUGCUCAGAAUUCGUUGAUCAU